AUGAUUGAAAACAGUAUGUUUGAAGAAGAGCCCGAUGUGGUUGACUUGGCAAAAGAGCCUUGUUUACAUCCCCUGGAGCCUGAUGAAGUGGAGUAUGAACCAAGGAGCUCCCGGCUCUUGGUGCGUGGCCUUGGAGAGCAUGAAAUGGACGAUGAUGAAGAGGAUUAUGAGUCAUCAGCAAAGUUGCUGGGGAUGUCCUUCAUGAACAGAAGCUCGGGUCUCCGGAAUAACAUGUCUGUCUAUAGACAAAAUCCAAAUGGAUCAUGUUCGGUGCCCUCUACGAGGACCAUGGUGGUUUGCACAGUUGUUCUUGUGAUUGCAGUUUCAUUAAUAAUGGCAAUUUAUCUUCUUCCCAAAUGUACCUUUACCAAAGAAGGCUGCCAUAAAAAAAAACAUACAAUGGAACUAAUAUACCCUUUGGCAACCAAUGGAAAACUAUUUCCAUGGGCAAAAAUUAGACUUCCUGCUGCUGUUGUACCACUGCAUUAUGAUCUUGUCUUGCAGCCAAACCUAACUACUCUGAAAUUUGCAGGCUCUGUAAAGAUAGUGGUUAACAUUGUCCAGGUAACUUGGAAGAUCGUACUUCACAGCUCAGGACUUAAUAUCACCAAGGCAACCAUUACUUCAGCAGAUCAAGCAAAGCCAGUUGAAUUCCUGGAAUAUCCAUUGCAUGACCAGAUUGCAGUCAUGGCUCCUGAGGCUCUCCUUGUAGGACAGAAUUAUACUGUCAACAUAGAAUAUUCAUCUAAUUUAUCAGAUACCUAUUACGGGUUUUACAAAAUUUCUUACAAGGAUGAGAAUUCUAAGCAAAGGUGGUUUGCGGCAACUCAGUUUGAACCUCUGGCAGCAAGGUCUGCGUUUCCGUGCUUUGAUGAACCAGCAUUUAAAGCUACAUUUUUAAUCAAGAUCAAAAGAGAUGAGAAACUUUCCACUCUGUCAAAUAUGCCAAAGAAAGCCACGACUCCUGUGAUAAAUGGAAUUGUUCAAGAUGAGUUUUUUGUGAGUUUGAAGAUGAGCACCUACCUAGUAGCCUUUGUUGUUGCAGAGUUGAAAAACAUCAGUACGGAAACUAAUGGGAGCCUG